GAGAAAUGGAGAAGGAACACUGAGCUAUACCAACAGAGAGGAAAGUUUAUCACAGACAGAUUCUUGGAAUUUGUGGUAAACACCUCAAGUUUCCUUCAGGAAAAGAAGACUCCUCUUAAACUGGUCUCCACUUCAACAAGGUAACACCAAACUGAGCUAGGUUGCACUGCACCUGCGCUUUUCAUCCAACAAAAGUAAUCUUGGAGACGAGAUGACCGACGGUCCUAGGCAGCGGGGCAAUGCAUCCGCAGAUGGGGAUACGCCCUCCACCGAAUCCACUAAAGAAGCCUCGGGAAGAGUGACCCUGAAGAAGGAGAUUGGCCUUGUCAGCGCAUGUGGAAUUAUUGUGGGUAACAUCAUCGGCUCAGGGAUCUUUGUGAGCCCAAAGGGCGUUCUGGAGAAUGCCAGCUCUGUGGGGCUGGCUCUCAUCGUGUGGAUUGUCACCGGAGUGAUCACAGCCAUUGGUGCACUCUGCUAUGCCGAGCUGGGCGUUACCAUCCCCAAGUCUGGAGGAGACUACUCGUAUGUCAAGGACAUAUUUGGAGGACUUGCCGGGUUCCUGCGUCUGUGGAUCGCGGUGUUGGUGAUCUACCCCACCAACCAGGCAGUCAUCGCCCUCACCUUCUCCAACUACGUCCUGCAGCCCCUAUUCCCCUCCUGCUUCCCCCCAGAGAGUGGCCUCCGCUUCCUGGCUGCUGUCUGUCUAUUGUUGCUGACGUGGGUGAACUGCUCCAGUGUGCGCUGGGCCACUCGUGUUCAGGAUGUCUUCACUACUGGGAAGCUGCUGGCCCUGGGUCUUAUCAUCAUCAUGGGCUUUGUGCAGAUCUGCAAAGGGGAAUAUUACUGGCUGGAGCCAGCGCAUGCAUUCGAGACGUUCCAGCCCUACGACAUUGGCCAGAUAGCCCUGUCCUUCCUGCAAGGCUCCUUUGCCUACGGGGGGUGGAACUUCCUCAACUAUGUCACAGAGGAGCUUGUCGACCCCUACAAGAACCUUCCUCGGGCCAUCUUCAUCUCCAUCCCUCUGGUGACUUUUGUUUACGUGUUCGCCAACAUCGCCUAUGUCACCGCCAUGAGUCCUCAGGAGCUGCUGGCCUCCAACGCCGUCGCUGUGACAUUUGGUGAGAAGUUACUUGGAGUGAUGUCAUGGAUCAUGCCCAUCUCUGUGGCUCUGUCUACCUUCGGGGGGGUCAAUGGCUCCCUCUUCACCUCGUCGCGGCUGUUUUUUGCUGGAGCGAGGGAAGGCCAUCUCCCCCGGGUACUGGCCAUGAUUCAUGUGAAACGCUGCACCCCAAUCCCAGCCCUGCUAUUCACUUGUAUAUCCACCCUACUGAUGCUGUGCACCAGUGACAUGUAUACCCUCAUCAACUAUGUGGGCUUCAUAAACUACCUCUUCUAUGGGGUCACUGUUGCUGGGCAGAUUGUGCUGCGCAUCAAACAGCCUGACCUGUAUCGGCCUAUCAAGGUGAGCCUGGUGUGGCCAGUGAUCUACCUGUUGUUCUGGGCCUUCCUGCUCAUCUUCUCGCUGUACUCUGAGCCCGUGGUGUGUGGCCUCGGCAUGGCUAUCAUGCUGACUGGAGUCCCUGUCUACUUCCUGGGGGUCUACUGGGACAACAAGCCCCAAUGCUUCAACACCUUCAUCGGUAAGAUGACCCUCGUGUGCCAAAAGUUCUGUGUGGUGGUGUACCCAGACAUGGGUGAAAGCAAAAAUGUAGGAAACCAGGGAUCAGAACAGGGACAGAAAGAAGAACAGGGGAAUGCAUUGAACCCAUCUGAAUGAACAUUGGCACAGGCAGAAACACGGAUGAACACAUUGUCACACUCUUAAAGGGUGUCAAGAGAGACUGGGAGACUUCAAAAGAUGGACAGAUGCACUCAAGGAAAAAUGCUACAGCACUGGGUUUUCUCUCUUAAAUGUUGACUGGCCUUAAGACUUUACACAUCUGCCUCAGUGCAAUACUACUGCCCAUUCCCAGGAGUCUGAGCUGCAAUAACAAUAUAGUGGAUAGAUAAGUCAUUUUGAGGUUCAGAUGUAAAUAUCAUUUCUUGUAGGAUCUGUUUUUGGUAAAUGUUGUACUGUAUUGUCUUUUAUUUUGGUAACUGUUUUAUUUCUGUUUUGGUUGUGGCAGUUGUUUAAUAGUGAUCUUAAUGUAUAGUCUCCCACAUAACACUAAAAAAAGUGUAAUUCCCUAAAUGUUUUUGAUUUACUGCAUUUCAUUUAUCACCCCUUUUUAUUGGCUUAUGUUGUUAUACAUGAGUGUAAUGUUUUCUGCAGUCUGCUCUUUAACAUACUGUACUGUAGCGGCAGGUGUAUGGCAUACUCCUGAACGAUCAGAUCGUUUUAUGUGAUAUAGCCACUUUAAAGUCACCUUAUCUCACUCUCACAUAACUUGUUAAAAUCUUGAACAUCAAUGCAUAUUAUUUUAAAUUCUUGCAAAAGAACUAGCAUGACCCAUACACUGAAAGUAAUAAUAAUGUAAACAACUGAUUAAUAUAGAAAUGCUGCACAGAAAAUAUAUAAUUUACAUGACGUUUUGCUCAAAGGGGCACACCUCAGCUGUGUAUAGUUGUCAAUAAUAAUGCACUGCACUCCUAUAAUGCCAGUCACAGGUCUUUUUAGCAAUGAUUGAAAUGUUUGGUAUUACUGUGCUGCUCAGCACGGAAGUGCUCUAUUCCUUACACUUUCAAGUUUCAUUACCAUUUUAUAUUCUACAAUAUCAAUACAAACAAGCAAUGAAACACACUACUAGUCACUUGAAAUGUAUGCAAUCCCUCUCACUGUGAACUGCCACCAUCUUUCUUACAUGCUUUGUUACCCUGUUUGUAAAGCAACAACAGGCAGCUCGCGCCAUGACAAUAUUACCUCUCUAAGUGAAAAUUAACAUGCACGCUCCCACUGUCUCCUUGUGGUGCUGGGAAGCCCCAUGCUGGUGGUUUAGUUUGUCACAUUAAAAUCCUCCCACAAACACAAUUACCUCUCUGCUCCAUUUAUGUGGUCAGAUGUACGCUUCAGAGGACAUUACUUCACUUUCCAUGUGAUAUUCAAUGCCGCCUUGAAGAUGUAUGCAAUAUAUGUGCCACCACUGUUUUGUAAUAACAUGUAAUACAGCUCUUCAUCAACACCA